AUGUAUUUUCCCGAUUGGAAUGGCUGGCAACUGGUCAUCACGAUCUUUCUUAUCCUGAUUGCCUACGACCAAUUCUCCUAUAUUAAAAACAAGGGCUCAAUAGUAGGACCUAUGUUCAAGAUUCCAUUUAUGGGACCCUUCAUAUCAGCUCUCUACCCAAAAUUCGAAGAGUACCUGGCUCAAUGGGCAAGUGGUCCACUCAGCUGCAUUUCGGUAUUCCACAAAUUUGUCGUCCUAGCGUCAGACCGCGACAUCGCACACAAAGUCUUCAAAUCACCAACAUACGCCGAACCCUGCCUAGUUCCAAUCGCCAAAGACAUUAUAGGUACAUCAGCAUGGGUGUUCCUGACUGGGAAAGUUCAUGCCGAAUAUCGCAGAGGCUUGACUGGUCUGUUCACCAAUAAAGCUCUGUCGGUUUACCUACCCGUCCAAGAAAAAGUCUACACUGACUACUUCGACAAAUUCGUCGCUGCCAGCAAAGCCAACGGACUGAAACCAAUGGGAUUCAUGGGGCACUUCAGAGAGAUCAACUGUGCGUUGUCGUGUCGGACUUUCUUUGGAGAUUACAUCUCUCAAGAUGCUGUAACGCGAAUUGCUGAUGAUUUUUACCUGGUCACUGCUGCGCUUGAGCUAGUCAACGUUCCUUUCUCCAUCCAUGUACCGUUCACGAAGACUUGGCGAGGAAAACGAAUCGCAGAUACCGUUCUAGCUGAGUUCACCAAGUGUGCUGCUGCUUGCAAAGCGAAUAUGGAGUCCGGCGCAGAGCCAACCUGCAUAGUCGACGAAUGGGUUCUACACAUGAUGGAAUCGAAGAACUACAACUCCAGAAUCGCUGCAGGGGAAGAAGGAGUCGAGAAACCAACAAACCUCAUCCGCGAAUUCACCAACGAAGAGAUCGGGCAAACGAUGUUCACCUUCCUCUUUGCAUCCCAAGAUGCAUCCAGCAGCGCCACAACCUGGCUCUUCCAAAUCCUCGCCCAGCGACCCGACGUCUUGGGACGCGUCCGAGAGGAAAACCUAGCUGUCCGCAACGGGGAUCGAAACCGACCCUUCAAGCUCUCCAUGUUCGAAUCCAUGACCUACACCAACGCCGUCAUCAAAGAACUGCUCCGCUACCGACCACCCGUAAUCUUCGUCCCCUACCUCGCCAAGAAGAGUUUCCCGCUCACGUCAACCUACACCGUACCUAAAGGCGCCAUGGUCAUCCCAUCCUGCUACCCUGCGCUACAUGACGCAGAGGCCUACCCGAAUCCCGAUGUGUUCGACCCCGAACGUUGGAUUACUGGGGAUGCGGAGUCGAAGACGAAGAAUUGGCUGGUUUUUGGGGCGGGGCCGCAUGAUUGUCUGGCGAGGAAGUAUGUCCCGCUUACGAUGGCGGCGAUGAUUGGGAAGGCGGCGUUGGAGGUCGAUUGGGUGCAUCAUGCUACGAGGAGGUCGGAGGAGAUUCGGGUUUUUGCUACGUUGUUUCCUAUGGAUGAGUGUCCGCUUGUUUUCACGACGCGGAUGUAA